AACUGACAACUCUCUUCUUAACACCAUGGCUCUGAAGGGUUUGAUUCUGGCAGCCGUUGCAAUGGCAUGUGUCUUUGCCGAUUCUGUGCCAUCUUAUGGACCUCCAGCUCCGUCCUACCACGCUCCAGCUCCAGCAGGUCCCGCUCAGUACAACUUCAACUACGCCGUGAAGGACGACUACUCCAAGAACGACUUCGGCCAUCAGGAAAACAGAAAUGGAUACGACACAAAGGGAACCUACUACGUGCAGCUUCCCGACGGCCGUCUGCAGAAGGUGACUUACUACGUCAACGGUGACUCAGGAUACGUGGCCGAGGUGUCCUACCAGGGAGAAGCUUACUACCCACAGCCCGCCAAAGGAUACCAACCGGCUCCUCAGGUCGGCUACGCUUAAUUAAGAUGGCCCUUUUUACCGUUAAUGUUUUCGAGGACCCUUUGACGUUUUUUGUUAUUUUACUAACUUAUGUUCUAUGGAAAUUGGCUCUGAUAAAAACGAAUAAAAGGAAAAGCUAGA